AUGCAACCAUCUUCAUCACAAUCGGCCUUGUCGUUGGCGCGACGAUUGGUCGCCAAAUCAAUCUCGGGAACUCUCAGAGGAGGAGGAGAAAGAGGCGGGGUACUUUUGACGACGACGAGCGCGAGGAGUACGACGACAAGCAGCGGCAAAGAUGGCGACAGAUGGGGGAGUCGGAGGAGGAGGAAAAGGAGUCAAACGAGCGUUUGUAGUGCGUUUACGACCGCGACGACGACUGCGGACGACGAUAACGAUAUUCUCUCACUCCUGUGUCACACCGCACUUGCGAAUCCAAACCGACCGGCGAUUGCUUCUGGCAUUCACUCCAAAGGCCCUUUAGACGCCGUCACGUAUGCGAAACUGUUCAAUUUUUCGCACACGCUCGCCAGAUCGAAGGUUUUACGAGACGUGGAAAUCGGGGAGAGAGUUGGGAUAUAUUGCGCACCAAACGCGGAAUUUGUGGCGUCGGUGUACGCGAUAUGGAUGAGAGGAGCUGUGGCGGUGCCGGUGUCGGCGUUCGGGGACGAGGCAGAUCGAGCGCACGUCGCUCGGGAUAGCGGGAUGAAGACGUGUUUAGUGCCGCCGAGGAGGAACGACGAGUUUUUUAGGCGAAGUGGAGAUGUGAAAGAGGAAGAGUUUACGUGCGGCGAGGCGGAGAUUAGGAGAGUGCAUAAGAUUCCAAAGUGGGCACUGAAGCCGUGCGACUUUCAAAAGGAUUGGUUGGAAGACGUUCGUCAAAAGAGUGAUGAAAGCGUAGGCGCGUUGAUUUUAUACACGUCCGGAACGACCGGUCAACCGAAAGGUGUUUUACACACCAGGCAAAGUUUGUAUUCGCAAGCGAAAACGUUGAGCGACGCGUGGGAGAUUUCCAAGAAGGAUCGUUUGUUGCACUGUUUGCCUUUACACCACGUGCACGGGUUAGUGAAUGGCGUUUUGGCUUCGCACGCGAGCGGCGCGACGGUGGAGUUUACGGAUUCGUUCAAGUUCGAUCCGAGGUAUUUUUGGCGACGAAUGCGAAACUCCGGGCCACAGAUCACGAUGUUUUACGGCGUACCAACCAUGUACGCGAUGGCGUUGCGACAGUUGGACGUGUACGAUAACGCGGAUAGGAGGAGGAGAGAGAAAGAAGAAGAAGACGGAAAAUCCGUUGAGAGGAAGGAAAAAGUAUCGACUCGAUCGGAGUGCGCGGAGGAAGCGAAAGCGCUUCGCUUGUGCGUAUCCGGCUCCGCGGCGUGCCCUCCUUCCAUCUUAGAUCAGUGGAACAGGUUGACUGGAAACCAAUCGCCUUUGUUGGAACGAUACGGGAUGACGGAAAUUGGCAUGGCACUUUCGCAAAAAUUGGAUUUCUCCAGUCGCGCGCCGGGAUCGGUCGGCGAACCGUUAGCAAACUCGGAGUGUAAAAUUCUAGACGACGCGACGAACGAGUUACUCGUCAAAGGUCCGGGGAUUUUCAAAGAGUACUGGAACAAUACAAAAGCGACUGAAGAGGCGUUUACGAGCGACGGGUACUUUAAAACCGGCGACGUCGUUUCAGUUUCCGCCGAUAAGAAAGACUGGCGCAUCGUCGGUCGGGCUUCGGUGGACGUCCUCAAAGUCGGCGGCGAGAAAGUUUCCGCGUUGGAAAUCGAAGCGAGAGUUCUGGAAGGUUUAGGCAAAACGUCUCUGAAAGAAAUCGCAGUGUUCGGCGAGGCGGAUGAAAACUACGGUGAACGCGCCGUGGCGAUUGUUGCGCCUACGGACGAGUAUAAAUCUUUGGAGAAUUUCAGCGACAAGUCUUUCGACGACGAGGUGAAAGCGUGGACGAGAGAAAACUUGACGAGUGAGCGAUGGAUCACGAAAACGUACGUGGUAGACUCUAUCCCGAGAAAUGCGAUGGGAAAAGUCAACAAAAAAAGCUUAAAAGCGACGUUUUCGAGUUCGUAG